AUGUUUGGAUUUUAUUUAGCCCUAGUUCUGCUUCCUUAUACCACUAAAGGAGAGACACCGACCGGGAGUUGUAAAGAUAUUUUAAAAGGUUAUCUAACAGGACAACUGUCGUCUGUUCUGGGGGCAUAUCAGAUAGAAGCUUUAAAAGAAGAAUUCAAAAGCUUCACUUAUCUCAUUGAGAAAUCCAUGAAAAAAUUCAAGGGGCAAGUGAAUGUACGCAUACAAUCUUCAGGUAUCGGAAACAAAAACAUUGUAUACACAAGGUGGGGAAAGAGGACGUGCCCUGGAAAUGCAAAUUUAGUUCAUUCUGGAUAUGCUGCAGGAUCACAUUAUACCCAUAAAGGAGCGGCUGUAGAUCCUCUUUGUUUACCAAGAAAUCCAGAAUGGGGAGAGUAUAUAGACGGACACGAUGGAUCAAAGGCUUUUAUAUAUGGAGCAGAAUAUGAGACCAGUGGCUUUACGAGUCGCUUUAAUCCAUAUCAAGACCAAGAUGUUCCCUGUGCCAUUUGCCUUUUUAAGAAAAGAUCCGUAGUACAAAUGUUUCCAGGAAGAAAAACCUGUUACAAAGGAUGGAACCUCGAGUACCAGGGCUACCUAAUGGCUGGGUACCAUGAUUAUCCUGCUGGGACAACUUACAACUGUGUUGACAAGAAUCCUGAAACCCUGCAUGGCGGUAGAGCUAGAAAAUUCGGCUACCUGUUUUACUUUGUAGAAGCUGUCUGUGGUUCAUUGAAAUGACCACCAUACGUCCAAGGAAGAGAACUAAUGUGUGUUGUCUGUUCCAAACAUUAAAGAAAGAAGUAAACUCA